CCCCCCCCGGGGAGCGCUGACCCGGGAAGUGAGCGCGCGCGCGGCGGCCGGGGUCCUGCGGCCCAUGUGGGCGCGGGCGGCAUGGCCGAGGCUCCGCAGAGCAGGAUGCAGGAGGCCAUCGACAGCAUGGUGCAGGGGCUGGAGCGGGAGAACAUCCGCAAGAUGCAGGGUAACAUGUUUCGGUGCAGCGCCGACUGCUGCGAGAACGACCUGGCCUCCAUGCAGCAGGUGCACCACUGCAUCGAGCGCUGCCAUGCGCCCCUGGCCCAGGCCCAGGCAGUCGUCACCAAAGAGCUGGAGAGGUUCCAGGACCGUUUGGCUCGCUGCACGAUGCACUGUAAUGACAAAGCCAAAGAUUCCCUGGAUUCAGGGAGCAAGGAGCAGGAGGUGAAACAACAGCUGGAGAGCUGCGUGACGAAGUGCGUUGACGAUCACGUGCAUCUCAUCCCCAGCAUGACCAAGAAAAUGAAGGAGACUUUGGCAGCCAUUGCACAAUAAAGCUGCGUCUGUUUGGGGAGAGAGAGGGAGAAGUGUAGUUCCUAUUAAAAGAGAGACGUGUACACGGAGAUUCGUGUUGGAAAUUGAGGAAUGAAAAUGGAUGAUUAGGGUGAUUUUUGUAUUUUCCAAGUAUUGCAGUUGUCCAUUCGAGAGCUGGUUUGGUUUAAGGGCUUGGUGGUCUGGGGCUGAUUUGAGGGAUGUCACCAGUUGUGGAGAGGACAGACCCCAGUUCUCAAAGGGUUAAUGGUAUGUACACAUCAUGCUGAUAAUAGCAGUGUCCUCCACUGACCUUGACUUCCCUCUGAAUUUAGGCCUGCUGGAAGGCACCAGUUUGACAGGCCCGGAGCCUGAGGGGCCUUUGUCCCUAAGACAGGGGUAACAGCAAUGCAAGCUUCCCCAGUGCUGCCUAACCAAUAUUCCUCAAUAGUGCCCUGCAGGAGUUAAGGGCCAGGUUCUCAGCAGAUGUAAAUCAGUGUAGCCCCAUUAGUGACAGUGGAGCUUUGCCAGUGUAAACCCACUGAGGAUCUGGCUCCAAAAGGCCAGUCUCUGUGUCCUUUUGAUGGUGGUGAUGUGAUGGGCUAGGAGGAUUUGAAGUGAAACUAUCACUGGGUUGGGUUUGAACUGAUGCCCUAGAGUUCAAAGGGCCAGUAUUCCUGCCUCACUUGUUCUCCAGCCUGUUGUGAUUACAAAAAAAUGCUUUGGGGACAGGAUUUUCUCCUCCUCAGCUGCUCUCACAUCUGCAGAACUUACCGUCUAGCACUGACAGGUCCCUCUUGUGCAGAUUUCUUUUGCCGUGGAAGAAACAAUGCAAAAGGGAGCGUGUGCAAUGUAUUAGAUAAUAAGUCUGUUUCUCUUACAAUGUUUCUUCCACCAGGAAUCAGGGAGAACAUUUUUGCAUUGGUUGGUCAAGUCUCUGCAGUUAAAACAUCUUCAGCCUCUACUGCCACUCACACUGGUAUAAAUCAGGAGUAAUGCUACUGGAAUAAAUGGAGAUAUGCCUGUGUGUAAACCCAGCGUGACUGAGUGGAGAAUCAGCCCCUUGUCUUUAUCAGGCCACCAACCCUGCAGUGUCUAAUUCUACUAAGAGAGCAAGGUCAUCCAGCCCAGUAUGGGUUCUCUGGAGCAAUGAUUCACAAGAAGUAGCAUGCUCUGUUGAAAAGGGAUGGCCAAUACCACUUAAUGAUCCACUCCUGAUGGUUUUACACCAGUAUGACUCUAUUGGCUUUAGUGGAGUUACUCCUGAUUUAUAGCGGUGUAAGGAACAGCAGCGUUGGGCCUGAAGUCUGUCUUUAAGAGUUAUACCAGGUACAUUGUUCCAUGCAGUGUGGCAUAAAUAACUGUCCUCACCUGAGCCUCUGCAAAACAACCACUGAAGGUUUUAAUAUUAAAAUUAAAGAUUUAAGGUUUAAGGAUUCUGUCCUCCUUUUUGACCUGAUAUUCCUAAUUAAACACACAGAGAGUCUGUCUCUGUUCUCCCUCAUCCUGGUAUAAAUCAGUUUUUCUGCUAAAGUAUUGGAUUUACAGCAGCGUAAAUCAGUGCACAAUCAGAUUCUUCAGGAUGCUGCAGUGCAGGCUUGAGGUGGAUUUCACAUCUUGUUCCUCCCCGGAGCAGCGGGGAGAGGGAGCAAUGCAGAGGAGGUUGGCUUGAAUGCUGGGGCAAGGCGUGAGUCAUGGAGCAGCAUUACUGGCUGCCUCAGCUGUGGAGCUACUCAGCUGCAGGAGGAGACAGUUCUGAAUCUGUGGUCCUCAAGGUAAAUGAGCACAAUACAGAGAGAUGAUCACCGCCAAAAUAAAAAGGGGAAACGACAUCCGGUAAACGGCAGCACCACCUUGUCCUGUCCUUGUGGCUGGAGACACGGUAGCGAGUAUCUUAGGAUGGUUCUAUUUAUUGUGAGCUGAAUGACCUGUUGCGUACAGCUAUAAUGAACACAACCAUUUUGUUCUGUCCUUUUAAAAACUGAUUUAUUUUCCGAAAGUUUGAUUCAAAAAUAAAUGUUAGAUGACA